AUGGCCGCAUCGAGCUCCUCCAAGGACAAGUUCUUCGAGAGGGUAAUCAACCCCUACUUGUCGGAGGUGAUGAAGCACCCUCAAACCAUUGAGAUGCGUGAGGGGGUGCUCCACAUCCGGGAUGUUCAAGGGCCCAAGAGGACGGGAACGGUGGAGGCCAAGCUCGAAGCCAUGGAGCGGGAGGUCUUCAAGUGCAAAGGGAUGGUGGAGCGUGGACUCGGUGCCAAUCACCUCAGGAUUAUGGAUUUCACAUGUGAUCACAAAGUGGAUGGUCGGUCCAUGAAGGACAUCGUCUUCACCCUCAACGGGUAA